CGCGCGGUGGCUGCUGGGACCGCGCUUUACUCCCGCCCCCCGCGGCGGCGUCUUCCUUUCCGCCGCAGACGGCGCCGAGGACGCACGAGGGCCGGGGGGACGGAGCAGGGAAGCCGCCGACAUGCGCUACGUCGCCUCCUAUCUGCUGGCCGCCCUUGGGGGCAACGCGUCGCCCAGCGCCAAGGACAUCAGGAAGAUCCUGGACAGUGUGGGCAUCGAAGCGGACGACGAGAGGCUCAACAAGGUCAUCAGUGAACUCAAUGGCAAGAACAUUGAGGAUGUGAUCGCCCAGGGCAUUGGCAAGCUGGCCAGUGUGCCCGCUGGAGGGGCUGUGGCCGUGUCUGCUGCCCCGGGAUCCGCGGCCCCCGCUGCUGGUGCAGCCCCUGCAGCAGCGGAAGAGAAGAAGGAGGAGAAGAAGGAAGAGUCGGAGGAGUCGGACGACGACAUGGGGUUCGGCCUGUUUGACUAGAUCCUGUGUCCCCAAUAAAGUUUUCUGUUACUUUCCA